CCCAUUUCACGAACUGGGAAGCCCCGACGCUGACCCGGCGGUAUCUCCACCGUCUGGCUGUGUCUCGGUGUCGGACCAGCAGCGUGUUAAUCGCUUUGGCGGCAGGAAGAUGAACAUGACGUUGGUUUGGUCAAUCAACGACGGGAGAUGACGAAUAGAGCUCGAAAACUCUUGGUUUAUCGGCGGCUUUGAUGCUUUUUCCUGCAGCUUCGAUCGCCGUUGGCUGGCUGCAAGUGAGGCGGCUUCAGCAGGGUUGAUCAAUACUACAGCGGCUGGGAAUACUGCUGCCGCUGGAAAGUUGCUGCUGGGAUUUAGGAGGGAUCGACGAGCAACCACUGGGCCCAAAUAAACCGACACGUGCUGCUCACGUGGCUGGGCCCAAAUAAACGAAUCUCGUACUCGGCCCAGUGAGUAGUGUUUUUUACGGCUCCUCCUUCCAAUUUCACUUUUUUCACGCUACUUGCCGUCGUCUCCGCACAAGCUUGCCGUCGUUCUUCAUCUUCAUCUUCAUCUUCUUCGUCUUGGCCUCUAUAAUCUCGCGCAAUUAAAAGCCAAUGUUCUACCGUAGCCGAAUUGAGCACUCAUUGCGUCUGCCUCCUUCUCUGCUUAGCCUUCGUCUACAAGAUGCAGUUAAGGGAGAGCUUGAGAAGCUAUUCUUAGAUAAGGUUAUCUCGAAUUUGGGACUUUGCAUUUCUGUCUAUGAUAUCCAAUCCAUUAAAGAUCACUUCAUCUUACCAAAUGAUGGUCAUCCAACUCUAACGGUGGUGUUCACACUGAUUAUGUUUCGUCCAUUUGUGGGAGAGAUAAUUACUGCAAAAGUCAUAGGGUCUACUGCUGAUGGUUUACGUUUGUCACUGGGAUUUUUUGAUGAUAUUUAUAUACCUACUCAUCGUUUUCCUACACCAUGCCACAAGAAGGAUGACUCAAAAAGGAAUGUCGUCUUAUGGUAUUGGAAGCCUUCUGAUGAUGAAUUUUCAAUUGAUUUGAAGGACCAGAUACGAUUCCAGGUUGAAAGUGUAAACUAUCCUAAAAUUCCAAUUGAGCAGCCAGAAAACUCAAAACCAUUUGCCCCUAUGGAGGUUAAAGGGUCAAUUGAUUUUGAUGGUUUAGGGCCUGUUCAUUGGUGGCAAGAUGUAGAUGAAGAAGCUUCUUAAGCUCACGGACUCUUUAUCUUUAGCAAAGGCGUGCUACUUGAAUCACGAUUCUCGUAAUUGUGUUUGAAGGCAAGGAGACAAAUUUGGUAGAGCAUGUAAAUUCUUAAUUGUAGAUGGAACUUAAGCCAUUUAGUUUCAAAUUCGAAGGGAGAUAUCUUUUUGGAUACCAGCUUGCAUUAUCGUUCUUUACCAGCAUUGUCGCAUUUCUCUCCUUGUUUCCUUGUUUACCAAAUUGUGAUACUGCAACAGCACUUUGUGGGCUAUAGAGACUGAGAGAGUUGACCAGGUAUUAAAUGGACAAAAACUUAUGAUUCACUCGUUACCUUCCAUUUAUAAAUUAUCAAUGAAACACUUAUGUCACUAUGACAAAAUUUGAUUUGUUUA